AAAUAGAGAGAGAGAGAGAGAAGAUGAUCAAGGAGAUUCUACAAGGAAAACAAGCUCUUUCUCUAAGACAAGAAGUGGAAGAAGAGGAGGAGGAGAAGGUGAAGAAGAGGCAACAGUUUUGGAUGAUGAUGGGUAAUCCUGACCUAUCUUUAGGUCCUUCUCAGUUUGUAAUCCCAGAGAACACCAGUAGUUUAUCUUCAGAAUCAGAAACCAAUCCUUCUAAGAAGAGAAAGUACUGUUUGGAUCACUUCAAGACUGAUCCUAUGAUUCAAACUAGUAUUGAGCUUCAACUCAAAGAUCCCUUGCCUUUUGAUUGGGAGCAAUGCCUUGAUCUUGAAUCUGGGAGAAUGUAUUAUUUAAAUAGAAGCACUUUAAAGAAGAGCUGGAACUGUCCAAAAGAACAGAAGCUGGAUUUAGAACUCAAUAUCUCACCAAUCUCAUCAAGUUCAGAAGGGAAGAGAAGCUCUGAGAUAUUAGAAGGCUCAAAGAAGUACAGUUCUUCAUACAAUAAUAAUAAUAACAUGGUAGCUGUGGCUUGUUUGAAGUGUCAUCUACUUGUUAUGCUUUCUAGGUCUUCUCCAUCUUGUCCCAACUGCAAGUAUGUUCAUUCUCUUGCAACCCAACAGAACCCACCACCACCAAAGGUCACAACCAUCAAGUCCUUUGACACUUUAAGUCUUCUAAACUGGUCAUCUGGUGGCAAGAAUGAUAAACAUGAGUAGAUG